UGACUGACUGGCGGGUCGGGCAUGCGCCGCGGGCGUUCUGGCGGGAAACGCGAGGCGGGCCGGACAAUGAGAGUGUCCUCUUCAUGAGCCAAUAAAGCUGCGUUGGUUUUGAAUCGCGGCGCGUUUCCCGCCGCCGGGGUCAGGGGUCGGGGUUCGGGUCGUGGGGCGGAGGGAAGAGCGAGCGGGCAGGAGGCGCCGGCGCCAGACGCGGAGGGAAAGAGCUACGAGUAGCCGCCGAGAGGCCGCGGAACCUGCGACGACCGACCCAGUCCAGCCGCCGCCGCGCUCCUAUGGCGGCCACCAAGGACACUCAUGAGGACCAUGAUACCUCCACUGAAAACGCAGAUGAGUCCAACCAUGACCCACAGUUUGAGCCAAUAGUUUCUCUUCCUGAGCAAGAAAUUAAAACGCUGGAAGAAGAUGAAGAGGAGCUUUUUAAAAUGCGUGCAAAGCUAUUCCGAUUUGCUUCUGAGAAUGAUCUUCCAGAAUGGAAGGAACGAGGCACUGGUGACGUCAAGCUCCUUAAGCACAAGGAGAAAGGGACCAUCCGCCUUCUCAUGAGGAGGGACAAGACCCUGAAGAUCUGCGCCAACCACUACAUCACACCGAUGAUGGAACUGAAGCCCAAUGCGGGCAGUGACCGUGCCUGGGUCUGGAACACCCACGCCGACUUCGCUGAUGAGUGUCCCAAGCCGGAGCUGUUGGCCAUCCGCUUUCUAAAUGCUGAAAAUGCACAGAAAUUCAAAACAAAGUUUGAAGAAUGCAGGAAAGAGAUUGAAGAGAGAGAAAAGAAAGCAGGAUCAGGCAAAAACGAUAAUGCCGAAAAAGUAGCUGAAAAGCUAGAAGCUCUUUCAGUGAAGGAGGAGACCAAGGAGGAAGCUGAGGAGAAGCAAUAAACCGUCUUAUUUCCAUUUCCUUUCUUUUUUCUUUUUAAAAUUUUGCUCUGCCCCUCCUUUUCGGUAUUUUUAUUCUGUUUUGUUUUUACAAGGGACUUUAUAUAAAAGAACUGAAUUCCAACAUUAAGGUUGGAGUUUUUUUCUAAGUUUUUGCCCUAUUGAAGACAACUUCAGAAAAAUCCAUUCCCCAGUCAUGAAAAUGUACUGUGCUAACUUUCUUUUCCAUAGUGGAAACACUUAUUUAUAGUCAUCAAAAAUAGCAAAAUAAAAAACCCAUUUGGAACCUGGA